AUGCCACGACUGGGAGCGGAAUGGUGGAUUCAGAAGUUGGUCAUGCUUACUAACAUCAAUUUGGUAUGUUGUAGUAGAUGUUACUGUAUGAUUGGUACAUUCACUGUAUGGUUGUUACAUUUUAUGAUUUUAAAAAUUAUUUUUGAAAAGUGAUAAGAUUACAAAAGCUCAUGCUUACACAUGACAUAUGUACGUUUACAUUAAUUUACAGAGUAAUAUUGAUGUCGUUUCAGGUCCUUCAAGCCUACUACACAUUUCUAUGUGUAAUCAGCCAUUUUGGGCCGAAAAAAGUAAAACAAUUCAAAGAUUUUACUUUCUACACGACAACCUUUCCCUCAGGCAUGGCCACUUGUAUUCUGUUUUGGAUACUGUACACAAUAGAUCCAGAAUCUAUUAUGCCGCGAUGGAUUCGAGAUCUGAUUCCAUUCUGGAUGAAUCAUGUAAGUUGAUAAGGUUAUCGAUAAUGUUAAACGAGAUUAACGGCAACUUUUCGAAAAAUGAGUAAAAUUAGGAAGCUUGGUUUAAAAGUUUAUAGAAAGUUGAAAAGGUGCACCAAAGAGACCAUUCUAUAAAUUUUUGGUGCAGUUUAUCGUAUGUUCAGUUGAAUAUCUUCAGAUUACGCAUACCUUUCCACUAAUCCACCUGAUCAUUGAUCUCAGAUUCAUAAAACAUUCUAAAAUACGACUUCUCACUGGCACUCAAAUGGUACUGUUUCUGUUCGUACUGUACUCAUUACUGUAAGUUUUCAGGUUUUAAUCAAAGAUAGCUCUUAGAUAGCUUUCGCUAGGUAGCCGUUGGCCUUCAUUUUUUACUCCAAUUUUAAAAAUUUUUAAAAUACGAGGUAAUUAAUGUCCAUGCCAUUUAGUGUGGUCUACAUCCGCUUCAGUUGGGGCUACUGGCUAUACCCAAUAUUCGAUUUUAUUGGCCCAAUCUUGAGCUUGGUCUUCAUUUUUGUCGCCGGACUACUGUUCUGGGCCUUGUUUUAUAUUGCCUAUGCGUUGGCAGCGACAGAACCUAAUACACAAUUGAGAAAACAAAAAUAA